GCCGCCCUUCCGCGCCCUCCUCCUCCACCUUCUUCCCGAGGCUGCGACUGAGGCAUGGCCGGGCGAGGUCGGCGCUGGGCGCUGGCGGCGCUCUGCGGCGUGCUGGCCGCCUUCUGCCUGCAGGGCUCCGAGGCGGACCAGCCUGAAGCGACUGCGGCGGGCGGCGGGGCGGCCAACCGGCGGCGGCGCUUGAGCCAGGAGGACGGCAUCUCCUUCGAGUAUCACCGCUAUCCCGAGCUGCGGGAGGCGCUGGUGGCCGUGUGGCUGCAGUGCCCGUCCAUCAGCAGGAUCUACACCGUGGGCCGGAGCUCCGAGGGCAGGGAACUGCUGGUCAUCGAGAUUUCCGACAACCCCGGCGAGCACGAGCCCGGGGAGCCAGAAUUCAAAUAUGUCGGAAACAUGCAUGGAAAUGAAGCUGUUGGAAGAGAGCUUCUCAUUUUCUUGGCUCAAUAUUUGUGCAACGAAUAUCAGAAGGGGAAUGAAACUAUCAUCAACUUGAUUCACAGUACACGCAUCCACAUAAUGCCAUCCUUGAAUCCAGAUGGUUUUGAGAAGGCAGCAUCCCAGCCUGGUGAACUCAAAGAUUGGUUUGUUGGCCGAAAUAAUGCACUAGGAAUAGACCUGAACAGAAAUUUUCCUGACCUGGACCGAAUAGUCUAUGUGUAUGAAAAAGAGGGUGGCCCAAAUAAUCACUUACUGAAAAACCUGAAGAAAGCUGUGGAUCAAAACUCCAAGCUUGCAUCAGAAACUAAAGGUGUGAUUCACUGGAUUAUGGAUAUCCCCUUUGUACUGUCAGCCAACCUCCAUGGUGGAGACCUUGUAGCAAACUACCCCUAUGAUGAGACUCGUACUGGUAUUGCGCAUGAAUACAGCUCUUGUCCAGAUGAUGCAAUUUUCCAAAGCUUAGCUCGAAGCUAUUCAUCCUUCAAUCCGGCCAUGUCUGAUCCAAACAGACCACCUUGUCGCCAGAAUGAUGAUGACAGCAGUUUCAUAGAUGGAACAACCAAUGGAGGAGCUUGGUACAGUGUUCCAGGAGGUAUGCAGGACUUCAAUUACCUUAGCAGCAAUUGCUUUGAAAUCACUGUGGAACUCAGCUGUGAAAAAUUCCCUCCUGAAGAAACUCUGAAGAGCUACUGGGAGAACAAUAAGAAUGCACUUAUCAAUUACAUUGAGCAGAUACAUCGAGGGAUAAAGGGUUUUGUUAGAGAUCUUCAGGGCAAUCCCAUUGCUAAUGCUACCGUUUCUGUAGAAGGAAUAAAUCAUGAUAUUACAUCAGCCAAGGAUGGUGAUUACUGGAGAUUGCUUGCACCUGGAAAUUAUAAAGUGACAGUCUCAGCACCAGGCUAUUUAGCAAUAACUAAAAAAGUUGCUGUUCCCUUCAGUCCUGCGAUUAGAGUUGACUUUGACCUGGAAUCUUUGUCUGAAAGAAAAGAAGAGGAAAAGGAAGAGUUAAUGGAAUGGUGGAAGAUGAUGUCAGAAACUCUGAAUUUUUAAGCAGAAGUGCUGAAUUUAUAGCUUUUAAUCUACUAUGUGUUGACUAAGUAUAAUGUACUGUGCAAAGUCCCUAUAUUUUAGAUUUUGAGUAGCUUGCAAUAUUUUCAUUUUUGAGUAUUUUUUUUUUAAAAAACUCAAUAAUUUGCUCUUUGUAAAAACAUAUUGCUGGGUAUUUUCAUGCCAUCAUCUCCUAUCCCAUAUGUUCAGUGUGGGGGAAAGAUACCUGUUUGAAUGUUUCAUCCUGCUUACUCAAACAAGUUUAUGUUUAUUUCAUUUACAAAUCCUGAAUGUGUAGAUUGUAAGCACAUUACAAAACUAAUUAUAAUUAGCAAUCACUUGCAGAUCUUUCUGCCCAUAUUUAACAAUGCAGGUGAACAUUUGUUUCGCAAAAUAAUGGCACUGAAAACAUAUGUGAUAAGAAUAUGGUGUUGUAAGUAAUGCUUUACUACAAUGUAAAUUUGUUUUAUGUCUUGUGUAAAUUAAGAAUCAUAUGUAACUGGCUUCAUUUCCUCACACAAGAAAUAUCUUUUAUUGAUCUUAUAUAAAAGUUAACAGGAAAUAGUGCAACUUUGCACUUGUUCUAUCCAACAAUAUUCCCAAGCAAUUCUCUAACCAGAUUAAAACUUCAAGGUAAUUAAAGAAGGAUCAUACUGA